AUGGAGAAUUACGUAAUGCAACACACCUCUACGUCCACAACAGCACAAGCACAAGCACAAGCACAAUCCAGCGCCAAACAGGAAAUCUACGAAAUCAUAACAGGGAGUGCCUCUCCACUCUCCGGCUCUGCCCCCGCUUCCCCCUUCCUCUCCGCCAGUGACACCCCCAUCCCAGAUCCAGCUGCAGCUGCAGCUGUAACGAGUCCACUCCGCAAGGAUUCCCUCGCAAACCGUUCCUUCGAGAAAAUCACCCCCUUCAGCGACGGACACCGCUCACCCCUCUCCUCACCCACCACAGAAAACGACGACGACGGAAGACAGCUAGCCACAAUCGUGGAAGCGAGUGCGUUCCAGAGAUACGUACUUGCGCCGUUGACGUUCAUCUCGUUUUUGUUGGGGUUGUUGUUGGUGGAUAAGAAGGAACAACGGCUGCGUGCGCGGGAACGGAGUUUGCGUGGGUCUGUCUCGUCCACGACGAGUCCCGGGUUGGGUCGCGCAGCAUCUGAUCCCAUCAAUGCGAGGAGGGUUAGGCGUGAGAGGACGGAGGAUCCGGAGGAUUAUGGGGGGACGUGGUGGUAUAGACAAGGCGCGCUCCUGAAAUUCGAGGUGGGCAAGGCCUUUGAGGUUGAGGCGCAGAUUGAGAGGGUUAUUGUGGGGUUGGUGGGGAUGGUCUUGUUGGUGGGAGGGUGUGUUUGGUUGUGGUGGAGGUGA